AUGGACGUCUGUAAUAGCACGGUGCCGGGUCUGUCAAAAACACUGUGUGAAUCUGGGACGAUGACCCUGAGGCGGUUGGUAGAGAUGGCUGGACCAGACUUCUUCAACGUCCGAGAGGUGGUUUUGUUGCUUGGGGUCCGGUCUGCCAGAGUGGUGCAGCGCUUCCUGGACCUGGUGAAGGAGAGGACGACAGCUGGAGAGAAGCGUGUCCUGCAGCUGUGGUCCACGGGGAAUCGCCCGCCUGACCCAAUGGACCCUUUCCUGGACAUCCACCUGGAGCCUAACUUUGCGAAAGACAGUGGUCCUCUGCUACGCAACACAGACCCAAAGAUGGACUUGUGCAGAACGGAUCCAAAAGUACUUUAUAAGACUUGUGUUAAAAUCCUGAACAAGAGAAUCCUGAACAAGCGUGUGGGACGACAAGCUCGGAGGUUUUAUCAGGAGGUUACAGAUGUGGUGGUGGCACCAUCUGAGCAUGUGACCCACGUGUGUUCAGGUGGUCACGCCCCAGAGGAGGACUGUGGUGCACGCAUUACAGCAUCAUCUGCUGGUGGCAUGGAGUGGGCAUUUUGUGGCAGCAACAAGAAUCUCACGCCCUAUAAAAUCGAGGGUAACGUGCUGAAAAAUGGCUGCUUCGUGGAUGCUCUUAACCUGGUCCCCCAUGUGUUCCUGCUCUUCAUCACCUUUCCCAUCCUGUUCAUUGGUUGGGGAAGUCAGAGCUCCAAGGUGCAAAUCCACCACAACACGUGGCUCCAUUUCCCCGGCCACAACAUGAGGUGGAUCCUCACCUUCCUGCUGCUGUUUGUCCACGUGUGUGAGUUCACAGAAGGCCUCGUGGCCAGCAAUGUAAUGGGCCACAACCACCUCCACCUGUUCAUGCCAGCGUUCAUGGGGUUCAUAGCAGCCACGACCUCGGUGGUUUACUACCACAACAUAGAGACGUCCAACUUCCCCAAACUGCUGCUGGGUAAGAUGAAGAGAGCUGCACGAGCGAUGAUUUACAACAAAAUCCUACGUCUUUCCACCUCCAACAUGUCGAUGGGGGAGAUGACGCUGGGCCAAAUCAACAACCUGGUUGCCAUAGAGACCAACCAACUGAUGUGGUUCCUCUUCCUGUGUCCCAACCUUUGGGCCAUGCCUGUUCAGAUUGUGAUGGGAGUGAUUCUGCUCUACUACUUGUUGGGUUGGAGCGCCUUGGUCGGAGCCUCGGUUAUUGUUCUGUUGGCUCCAGUUCAGUACCGCAUAGCUACAAAACUGGCAGACACACAGAAAAGUUCACUAGAACACUCCACAGAUCGGCUGAAAAAGACCACAGAGAUCCUAAAAGGUAUAAAGCUGCUGAAGCUUUACGCCUGGGAGGAUAUUUUCUGUGACAACGUGGAGCAAACCAGAGGCAAAGAGCUCACCAGCCUCAGGACGUUCGCGUUUUACACUUCCAUGUCCAUUUUCAUGAACGCUGCUAUUCCCAUCGCUGCUGUUCUUGUGACGUUUGUGACGUAUCACGUCAUCUACGAAACCAGUCCCAAACCCUCUGAAGCCUUUGCAGCAUUGGCGCUGUUCCACAUCCUGGUCACGCCACUCUUUCUACUUUCCACCGUCGUCAGAUUUGCUGUGAAGGCGCUCGUCAGCGUCCAGAAGCUCGGCGAGUUUCUCCAGAGUGAUGAAAUCGGAGAAGACAGCUGGCGAAAUGGAGACAUAUCUGUUUCCUUGGAUUCAGGCAAAAAACAUUUUGGGGCGACCAAAGCUAUCAACAGGAAGCAGCCGAUACGCUACCAGAUGGACAGCUACGAGCAGCCGAGCAGGCGGUCGACGAGGCCCACGGAGACGGAGGACGCGGCCGUAAAGGUGAGCAAUGGAUCCUUCACCUGGGGAAACAACCUGCUGACGCUGUCAGACAUCAAUAUGCGCAUCCCCACAGGUAGAGACAUAUUUUUGGAUAAUUUUAUAUAA